GCGGGCUCUGACGGAAUACGGGUGUUGUAAAAACGGUGACACAUAUACCAAUGUUCCGACGUGCAACAUUUUAUGAAAUGUUCCGCUUAAUAAAAUAGACAUUUUUGCAGUUAACAGAUAUCGUAAGGGUUCAUAAAAUGCUACCGGACGACAUUCGCAUGGUGGGAUUUAUAUUUUAGAAUGAACAGCUAAGUUUUUUAUGUUAUUUAUCAGCAGUGUUUAAAUUGUUUUAUUUAUUAACUUAUUUUAGCGGUUAUUCAGGAUGAAAAUAUGAAAACAUAAGAGACUGCAGAAUUUUCUAGAAUGCUUUAAAAAAAGGCCCCAAACUGAAGAGCAGCUUUAAGUGAAAGUGUGAAAUGGAGCCUGAGAGUAAAAAGAGAAAAGGGAUGAAGUUUGAUCCAGAAGUCCUUCCUGUCCUGUCAGAUGAAAUGUGUGAGGAUGUGAAACUGCUGGACGCUUUCGCUGCACCCAUUACAGAUAAACGCCAAACUUCUCGUCUGGUCAGAGAUCUGUCUGUGGUCCGUCCUCUAGCAGAUCUCCAGCAUAUUAAAAGAGUGAGAGCUUGUAAGGACAAGAGCAGUCCUCAUGGGUUAGAAGUCAUCGUGUGUCUCGUUACUGAUGUCUCCAUCACCGCCUUCACGGCACAAACUCCGCAGCCAACCCUGACCGAUCUCCUGAACUCGAAAGACUUUAACGUUGAAGGUUUGGGAAAACCUUUCCUGGUCCGAAUACCAGCCCGAGCCCCUUUAACCCGGCCACAGUUUGAGCGGGCGAGCCGUUAUUGGCCGACGUCCUUCCACGAGGACAAACAAGUCACACUGGGUUUGAAGGGAGAGCUCUUCACGUCCAGCCAGAAAGCAAAAAUCCAGGAAUAUAUGACGGCCGCCGUGGAGGCUGCAAGAUCCGGACGAGAGGAGGGAAUGGACGCCGUGGGCGCCGUGAUCGUUGACCCGAAAUCAGGACGGAUCAUCGCCGUAGGUCACGACCUGACCCGAGAUCAUCCUCUGCACCAUGCUGUGAUGGUGUGUAUCGACCUCGUGGCCUGGGCACAAGGAGGUGGUGUGUAUUGCUACAGGAAACACCCAGCGUGCAGAUACACGGUCUCAGACUCCCAGCUCUCCUCAGCGGCGUCCGAGGAAAGUGUCCAGCCGUACAUCUGCACCGGGUACGAGCUGUACGUCACCAGAGAGCCGUGCGUGAUGUGCGCCAUGGCUCUAGUCCACUCGAGGAUCAGCCGAGUUUUCUACGGCGUGAGUUCUCCAGAUGGUGCUUUGGGCAGCAGGUUUAAAAUUCACUGCCAGAAAGAACUGAAUCACCACUUUGAUGUUUAUAAAGGAGUCAUGAGGCAGAGCUGUGAGGAACUGACUCUGUUACACUGACUCAUUUCCUCAACACAGCUUUUAAUAAAUGGAUUUUCUUCAUUUUAAAUUUUAUUUGGUUGUUAAUUAAAGAUGAGAUUUGGCAAGGCUUAACUGUUUACCACACUUUAAUCUGUACAUCCAGCAGCUUAAAAUAUCCUUCACAUUGAAUCCCUCGGGUAUUGAAACGUUUAUUUUAAAUAAAUAAAUGAUACUUUUUUGGUAAUUUAAA